AUGUCACGAGGGAAAUCCAUCACGAGGGGGGCAGCAGCGGUGGAGGGCGUACCAGAGGGAGGGGCCGGUGGCCGUGUUUCCAACCCCAUGCCAACUUCUUACAUGCUCUCUCCUAAUGUGGUGCAUGUCACGAGGGAAAUCCAUCACGAGGGGGGCAGCAGCGGUGGAGGGCGGAAAUCCAUCACGAGGGGGGCAGCAGCGGUGGAGGGCGUACCAGAGGGAGGGGCCGGUGGCCGUGUUUCCAACCCCAUGCCAACUUCUUACAUGCUCUCUCCUAAUGUGGUGCAUGUCACGAGGGAAAUCCAUCACGAGGGGGGCAGCAGCGGUGGAGGGCGGAAAUCCAUCACGAGGGGGGCAGCAGCUGUGGAGGGCGUACCAGAGGGAGGGGCCGGUGGCCGUGUUUCCAACCCCAUGCCAACUUCUUACAUGCUCUCUCCUAAUGUGGUGCAUGUCACGAGGGAAAUCCAUCACGAGGGGGGCAGCAGCGGUGGAGGGCGGAAAUCCAUCACGAGGGGGGCAGCAGCGGUGGAGGGCGUACCAGAGGGAGGGGCCGGUGGCCGUGUUUCCAACCCCAUGCCAACUUCUUACAUGCUCUCUCCUAAUGUGGUGCAUGUCACGAGGGAAAUCCAUCACGAAGGGGGCAGCAGCGGUGGAGGGCGGAAAUCCAUCACGAGGGGGGCAGCAGCGGUGGAGGGCGUACCAGAGGGAGGGGCCGGUGGCCGUGUUUCCAACCCCAUGCCAACUUCUUACAUGCUCUCUCCUAAUGUGGUGCAUGUCACGAGGGAAAUCCAUCACGAAGGGGGCAGCAGCGGUGGAGGGCGGAAAUCCAUCACGAGGGGGGCAGCAGCGGUGGAGGGCGUACCAGAGGGAGGGGCCGGUGGCCGUGUUUCCAACCCCAUGCCAACUUCUUACAUGCUCUCUCCUAAUGUGGGAAAUCCAUCACGAGGGGGGCAGCAGCGGUGGAGGGCAUACCAGAGGGAGGGGCCGGUGGCCGUGUUUCCAACCCCAUGCCAACUUCUUACAUGCUCUCUCCUAAUGUGGUGCAUGUCACGAGGGAAAUCCAUCACGAGGGGGGCAGCAGCGGUGGAGGGCAUACCAGAGGGAGGGGCCGGUGGCCGUGUUUCCAACCCCAUGCCAACUUCUUACAUGCUCUCUCCUAACGUGGUGCAUGUCACGAGGGAAAUCCAUCACGAAGGGGGCAGCAGCGGUGGAGGGCGUACCAGAGGGAGGGGCCGGUGGCCGUGUUUCCAACCCCAUGCCAACUUCUUACAUGCUCUCCCAUCUGUGGUGCAUGUUGUGCAGGCAUCAGCAGCGCUGCGCUCAGCAGGCAAGCCAUCAAGGGGGGCAGCAGCGGUGGAGGGCGAACCAGAAGGACUGGUGGAGGCAACAGCAGAGGCGAUCAAACAGGAAUACCGCUUCAAACGCCCUGAGCUGCUCAAACCUGUAGUGGAGCCCACACUAGCGAAGCUUGUACUAUGA